GUAUGCGUUAACAAUGCAUUAUUGUGCAACAACCGAUUAGCAUUGUUUCAACUUUAACAAAAGUCUUCAGCAAAUUAACAAAUUGCAAUUCGAGCUCCUUCUAGAAAAACGAAGCGAAAAUGGCUGAAAUGAAAGAAACUGAAUUGCCAAAGCCGUCGGUUCCCGAGCUCUCCGUCACUCUAAACAGAUUCUUGGAAGGAAUCAAAGCAAUUGUCCCAGGUGACAAAUACGAGGAAGCUCGAACAUUGGUCGAAGAUUAUAAAACGUCGGGUAAAAUGCAAAACCUGCAGCAGUUCUUGAAGGAAUAUGCAGAAAGCCAUGAAAAUUACGUAACCGAGUUCUGGCUAAACGAUAUGUAUUUAAAAAAUCCUUUGCCUCUGCCCAUCAACUCCAAUCCAUUCUUCCUGCUGCCGAAGCAACAAUUCAAAACGGAUGAUGACAGAUUUCGAUUUAUUGCGAGAUUUAUCAUCUUUUCGCUUAUGUUCAAGCAAAGAGUUGACAGCGGUGAAUUAAAACAAGAAUUUUCUGGGGGACAAAGGAAAGGGAAUGCGCUUUCCAUGGCCACGUAUCAUCACUUCUUCACGGCUUACAGAAGACCAGGAGUGACUAAAGACCAGCACGUUUUUAGUGAAGGCGGCAGCAGACAUAUCAUUGUGAUCUGCAACAAUCAGUUAUUUGUGUUGAUGAUACCCGGUAGAAUAGCUCUUCCGAGUGAAAAAGCUCUGGUAGAAAAGCUCAAGAAAAUCGAUACUCUCAGCAAGCUGGAGCCACACUAUCUGCCAGUGGGUAUUCUCACGGCACUCAAUCGAAAAGAAUGGGCGAGGAUAAGAGAACGAAUGAUCGAAAACGAAAAUAAUAAAGAAUCUAUUCGAGUUAUUGAAAAUUGCAUGUUUGUGGUGUGCAUGGACGAAUCGAACGAAGGGGCGAGGAAACAAACGACAUCGAAGAGCUUUUCGGACGUGAGUUUGGAAGAGAUGGCCCAUCACAUCCUUCACGGCAAUAAAAGCGAACAUUCCACCGGUAACAGAUGGUUCGAUAAGUUUAUUCAGGAAUUGCCAAAGCCGUCGGUUCCCGAACUCUCCGUCACUCUAAACAUAUUCUUGGAAGGAAUCAGAGCAAUUGUCCCCGGAGACAAAUACGAGGAAGCUCGAAGAUUGGUCGAAGAUUAUAAAAAGUCGGAAGAAAUGCAAAAGCUGCAGGGGUUCUUGAAGGAGUAUGCAGAAAGCCAUGAAAAUUACGUGACCGAAUUUUGGCUGAAAGAUAAUUUGAAAAUUCCUUUGCCUCUCCCCAUCAACUCCAGUCUGUUCUUCCUGCUGCCAAAGCGGUUAUUCAAUACGGAUGACGAAAGAUUUCGAUUCAUUGCCAAAUUUAUCAUCUUUUCGCUUAUGUUCAAGGAAAGAGUUGAUAGAGGUGAAUUAAAACAAGAAUUUGAUGGAAGACAAGAAAAAAAGAAUGCACUUUCCAUGGCCACGUAUCGUCACUUUUUCACGGCUUACAGGAGACCAGGCGCUAUUAAAGACGAGCACAUUUUUAGUGAAGGUGGUCGCUAUUUCAUUGUGGUGUGUAACAAUCAGUUAUUUCAAGUAAAGGUGACUCCCUUUAUAGAGAGUAAUCCAAGUGAAAACGUUCUCAUAAAAGAGCUCAAGAAAAUAGAAGCGUUAAGUAAGCAGGUGCCACACUACCCGCCAGUGGGAAUUCUCACAGCUCUCAACCGAAAAGAAUGGGCGAGGAUAAGAGAUCGAAUGAUCGAAGAUGAUAAUAAUAAAGAAUCCAUUCGAAUUAUUGAAAAUUGUCUGUUUGUGGUGUGCAUGGAUGAAUCGAUCGAAGAUUUUAUCCUGAUCAAAAAUGGUGUAAAUGGAAUCGUGAUCGAACGUUCGGUGUCGGAAGGGAUUGAGGUUUUAAAAUUCUGCGAAGAAUUCCUGGAUUUCGUAAAAAAUGACACUCAGUUGAGUGUCAUACGACAUUCAGACGAUAGUCGUACGGCAGUUACAAGACUUACGUGGAAUAUCAGCGAAUCUCUGGCAGAAGAGAUCAAAAAUGCAUCGGCCGUCACAGACGCGCCCGAACAUAUAUUCAUUAUAGACGUUAUUUUCACAAUGAUCGACACGUUAGAACUUAAUGUUUUUAGUUUCAUCGAUUACGGCAAAGGAUUUUCGGAGAAACACGAAAUCAAUCCCGACGUGUUCAUUCAGUUGUGUUUGCAGUUGACGUACUUCAGAACGCAUGGCAAAGUGACGGCCAUUUACGAAAGUGGGGCUUUGAGGAAAUUCAGAUUCGGUCGCGUCGACAACAUUCGCGCUUCCACCCAAGAGGCUUUGGAAUUCUCAAAGUCCAUGUUAGAUCCUUCCCUGAGUCAGGUCAGCUGAAAAAUGGAAAAAUUUCAAAAAGCCGUGAUAAAGCAAACCGAAAUUUUUCUCUACACAAUCAACGGAGAAGGACCGGAUAACCAUCUUCUGUGCUUAAAGGAAAUGGCUGCUCUGCACGGCUUACAAGAACCGGCACUUUAUCAAACAGAUUAUUACAAAGAGUUCCUGAAUUUCCGCUUAUCGACCAGUCAGUUUCCCACGACUUACGACAUCGUAGUUGGAUACGGUCCCGUGGUGUCCGAUGAAUACGGAUGUUUGUACAAUCCACGGGAGUAUCGUAUCGUCUUUUGCAUUUCGUCGUUCAAAAACGACCCCUCCACGGACUCGGAAAAGUUUGCACGGAAUCUGCAAGUGAGCUUGAUGGAAUUGAAGGAGCUUUGUGAGAGUGGGAAGACUCCAGUUUCACCCAGGUUGUUCUUUGUUGUUUAA